AUGACGCCUAUUAUGACCAAAAUCAGAUUUUGCAUAUGUUUUUCCAAAACUAAAACAAAUUAUAAGGUAGCACUUACAUUUUUGAGAAAAAGAAAGAAAUAUAAGAAAGUUAUACCGGUUAGGGAAAAUGAAAAGUAUAUUUG